GCAAAAUAAACGCAACUUAAACAUCCAUCUGUUGCCGGUGGGGUGCUAGCAAUGUUCUUGUGGUGUGAAAAAUCUUUGCCAACCCGUCGACGUACACGGUCAGUCUGACAAUCUCUACCCCGCCGCAACACCGCGAUCUUCUUCUUCUCUCUUUAACGACAAUAAUGUCCAAGACACUUAAUGUGGGUCUUUUCGGCUGUGGCACUGUGGGUGCGGGAGUGUUCGACCUGCUGCACAGCCCCGUGCGUCGCCAGAAGUUCGCGGCCAUGGGCGUGAACGCUUUGGUCUCUAAGAUCUGCGUGCAGAAUCUGAGCAAGGACCGCGGAUUGAAGCACUUCUCGGCGUCGGAGACCAAGUUCACGAGCAAAUACAGCGACAUCCUCGAGGACAAGAGCAUCAACUGCAUCGUGGAGCUCAUGGGCGGCGUGGAUGACGCCAAGGACGUGGUCUUCAGUGCCAUCAAGGCCGGCAAACACGUCAUCACGGCCAACAAGGCGCUUGUUGCCAACUUCAUGCCCGAGAUCGUGCAGCUGCUGCAGGACCACCCGGACGUUCGCUUCGGCUACGAGGCCGCAGUGGCCGGUGGUAUCCCCAUCAUCCACACACUGCAGAACGCCUACAACUCCGACACCAUCACAGAGAUUGCCGGCAUCAUGAACGGCACCACCAACUAUAUGCUGUCCAAGAUGGAGGCAGAGGGCGUCGCCUACGACGCUGUGCUUAAGGAGGCGCAGGAUCUGGGCUAUGCUGAGGCCAACCCUAGCGCCGACGUGGACGGAUUCGACGUCCAAUCGAAGAUUGCCAUCUUGGCCAAGCUGGGCUUUGGAGGAAUUGUUAAGCCUUCGGACAUCCCGACGGUGGGCAUCUCCCGUGUCUCCUCGGCCGACUUUGAGUACGCCAAGAUGAUGGACAGCACCAUUAAGUUGCUGGGUGUGGCCAAGCAACUUAAGCCCGCCGACGAGAAGACCGGCAAGCCUCAGGAAGUGACGGUGUAUGUGUCGCCGGUUGUGGUCAAGCGUAGCAACGUCAUCGCCAGCAUCAGCGGCGCCACCAACCUCGUCAAUGUGCGCUCGGACAACCUGGACAGCAGCGCGUACGUCGGCCCGGGCGCUGGUCGCUUCCCCACGGCCAACUCGGUGAUGAACGACAUCAUCCAGUUGGCACGCGGCGACGCCCCGCUCGACCCGUUCAAGGCCUCGGUGCCGCUCACGCUGCAGCCCGACUACGAGGCGCACUUCUACGUGCGUCUCACUAUCACCGACGGUCUGGGUGUCAUCCGCUACGUCGGCCAGCUCGCCGAGGAGAGCGGCGUGUCCAUCUACUCGAUCUUGCAGGCGCCGAUCGUCGACCGUGCGAACGUGCAGUUCGUCGUCACUACCGAGACUGCGCUGCUGUCCAAGGUGCGCUCGAUGUGCCAGAAACUCGCCGCACUGCCCUUCGUGCAGGAGGAACCGCUGUACUUGCCGAUCAUGUAAGUGCGACCGUAAGUAGUGAGCACUAAGCGCUAAUUCAUUCAAUACAUGCGUCCCGGAUCGGCUUCUUCAAUAGCUCAAAACUCACGGAAAUAUAUUGACGCAAUUGUUACGGAGCGUUGUCUACGAUUCGUAGCGCAUGUUGUCCGGUCCGGUGAAGGAGAAGGCGGGUCUUCCCCUCCAGAUCAUCGUGUCGGUGUGUUCACGGUUGGUACCUCGGUAACGUGCACAGAUCAACGAUAAGGAGUUGAUGUAGUGGUUUCGUUCAGCCGGAUUACCUGCGUCCUCGGUUUUACUACCACGCCCGCCUGCACACCACUCGUCGUCGGGGAUAUCGGACUUGUAGCUGGCCGAACAGCCUCGUCCGUACGAGUCGGUGCUGAAGCGUUCCAUGCUGCAAAAGCCGC